AUGUAAUGUUCAAUUCAAGUUCUUCACUCUUCACCAGAGAAGGAAGAAGAAGAAGAGAGAGAGAGGGAUAGCAAAAAAAGAAAAAAUGGAGGCAUUGGUUUGCCGGAAAUUGGGAGAUCCGACGGCGACGAAGCCAGGUAGUCCAGAAUCACCGGUGGAGGUGAGCAAGACUCAUCCGAUCCCGCCUUUAAAAUCAGAUACAGCCGUGAGAGUUAGAGUUACAGCUACGAGCUUGAAUUACGCCAAUUAUCUUCAGAUUCUCGGAAAGUACCAGGAGAAACCUGCUUUACCGUUCAUCCCUGGCUCCGAUUACUCCGGAAUCGUCGACGCGAUUGGUCCCGCCGUCACCAAAUUCCGAGUCGGAGAUCGUGUUUGUUCCUUCGCCGAUCUCGGUUCCUUCGCUCAGUUCAUCGUCGCCGAUCAAUCUAGCAUGUUCCUUGUACCCGAAAGAUGUGACAUGGUUGAUGCAGCUGCUCUCCCUGUUGCGUUUGGGACUUCUCAUGUCGCUCUUGUUCAUAGAGCUCGUUUAACAUCUGGCCAAGUCUUACUGGUUCUAGGUGCUGCUGGUGGUGUUGGCCUUGCAGCUGUUCAAAUCGGCAAGGUUUGUGGAGCCAUUGUUAUUGCAGUUGCUAGAGGAACUGAGAAGAUUCAGCUGUUGAAGUCAAUGGGAGUGGAUCAUGUUGUUGAUCUAGGCACUGAAAAUGUUAUUUCAAGUGUUAAAGAGUUUAUCAAGACAAGAAAGCUUAAAGGAGUUGAUGUUCUAUAUGAUCCUGUUGGAGGGAAACUAACCAAAGAGUCCAUGAAAGUUCUGAAUUGGGGAGCUCAGAUUCUUGUGAUUGGUUUCGCCAGCGGUGAAGUACCCCUCAUUCCUGCUAAUAUAGCCCUUGUUAAGAACUGGACGGUUCAUGGUCUUUACUGGGGCAGCUACAGGAUCCACCAACCUAGUGUCCUUGAAGAUUCCAUCAAAGAGUUACUUUCAUGGCUUUCCCGAGGAUUGAUCACUAUUCACAUCUCUCAUACUUAUAGUCUCUCCCAGGCCAAUCUUGCAUUUGGUGACCUCAAAGACAGGAAGGCAAUUGGAAAAGUGAUGAUUGCUCUCGACCACAAGACUGGCCUGUCUUCAAAACUAUAGACUCUCUGUUGCCAAAGGAGAACACUGGUUCUGUAUUCUAGUAAGAAAGUUAUUGCAAUGGCCAUGUAAGCUGCACCAUCUUGCAUUUUAUGUUCGGUUUAUAAUCCUCUGUCUUAUUGUAAUUUAUCAGACCACAUUCUGACGUGAAAUUUAAUAAUCGUAGUUGGAUCGCA